UAAUAGCAAUUUUAUUUAUAUCUUUUUUUUUUUUUUAGAAGUAAAUAAUUAUAUUUAAAAUGUUAUAAUACUACUGGAGAACUUUUUGGUUUACCGGCCCAGUUCGAAACUAGAAUUAUAUCUCGAACGACGUACUCGAAAUAUAAAAGAAGACAUUUAAUACAUAUUAAUACAUAUUAUGUAAGACUUAUAAAAAUAAGUAAUCUGGCUUUAUAAAAAUAAGUCUUUAACCGACAAAAAAAAAAAAUGCUUGAAGAAUUUGUAUGAUUUUUUUGAAUAUUACAACUACGGUAAGGGUCGGAUGUGUGUUCGUACAUGUUUUUCCGGUCACUUGAAAUUUCCAUUUCAAUAUUAAAUGUUUUUUAUUAUAUUUCGAAUACGUCAUUUGAGAUAUAAUUCAAGUUUCGAACUGGACCGGUAAACCAAAAAGUUCUCCAACAGUAUUAUAACAUUUUAAAUAUAAUUAUUUACUUCUUAUACGUUACGUCAACGUUACCGCGUUACAUAAACCCUUUUAUCGUUUCUUCCGCCUGGUAUCGGACUGCCGUCGAGCCUCGGGGGCUUUGGCGGCCACUACCCGAGACCUGCAGCCACCCCGGCUGUCCGUCAUCGGCGUGGCGGUAGAGCGGUUAACCGUUUCGGAGGGAUGACCGUUGACCGACGAGCUUACGGGCGACUGGGCCAAACGACGGCGACCGCGCGACCCGCUCCGUGCUCCACUGGUUCCAGCCGCCUCCACGUCGUCGGACUGGUAAGAUCCCGUGGUCACACCGCGGUCGUCGCCAGUGCCUCCUGCGACCGUCCCGGUCGGAAUCAGAGCGCAGCGAUUGGUCGGGCGCGAAUGUUUCCGUCGGCGUUUCGGCGCGCAGGAACUCCGGCUCCGUCGGCGUUUCGGUGCGCAAGAUCUCGGUCUAGAGCUACGACGCCUUCUGGACCGGCAUCCACUUCGGUUCCUCUUGCGGCGACUGGCCGAUCGACUUCGCGAUCUGCUGCCGCACGAACUGCGCCGACGACGACCGCAACUGUCGCCUGGCGUGUCUGCGCUCGUUCCGGCAGACCCGUGAUCGUCGAGUACCAAGCGUCCGUCAAGGUCAGUGGACGAUUCUUCGGACAACCCGUUCCGGUUCUCAGUAAAGUUUACAUAAAGAAGAAAUAGUCAAGCAAUUUAUGCUUCCGGAGCGUAAAUCAAAAAUUGCAACAUUACUUAAACAACACGGACAAGCC